AUGUUUAUUCCAUCUAGAGCCACACUGAUUCUUGCAAUUUGCUUUGCUGUCAUAUCUAUUUUAUUUUACAAAUACGCCGAUUAUGCAGAUGGCGAUCUGGAUGUUGUAGAAAGAAAUAUAAUAAAGUCCUGGACCAAAUUUGUGAGACCCCCCAAAAAGCAGUUCAAGAAACUGGCUGUUGGUGUGAACUCAAACAUUGACAUCAUUGUACCGGGUGUUGCAUUGUUGGAUGCUUUGAGCAUUUCUCCCGGAGACAAAAAGAAUCAUGAUGUUCUCGGUGGCUUGCGUGACCUUCAGGAAACAUUUGCAUACUAUUUUGCAAGAGGAAGCGCAGCGGAGCGCUCAUUCACAGAUAGUGAGGUUUUUCAGAAGAUAAUCAAAGCUGCAGGAAGAUUAAAUAACAUUCAGCAUUUUAUUGGUGGCAAUGCUGCCCUCAUGGCCACAAAGGCAUCAAACUUAUUUCCAAGCUUACGAAUUCAUUUUGUUGGACCGGUGGGACCACUAUUGCAGACUCUGAUGCCUGUGGCUAUAGAGAUACCAAAUUCUUGCCGCAUUCCUCAGGAUGAAAUUCAUCUGAUAAUGGAAUACAAAGUUGGAGAGCAAUGGGGAAGUGCAACAUCACCUGUGGCAAAUAGGUUCAUUACUAGCCAUGAUUUGUCUAAUGCUCAAAUCAUCAUGCUGGAGCCAUUUUUUGAAAGUAUCAAGACAUUCCAGCCUGACUUAAUUAUUCUUUCAGGUUUCCAGAUUUUGGAUAGUCAGGGUCCUGAGUUUUUUAAGGAGCGUCUGGACAAAGCGGUUUCUCUACUUCGUGAAGUGCCACCUUCUGUUCCUAUCCACCUGGAACUUGCCAGUAUGGCUGACAAGGAAUUUGUGAAGCAAAUCAUAGACAAGAUUGUGCCAAAUGUAGAUUCUCUUGGCCUCAACGAACAAGAGAUUGUGUUUUCAUCCAAAGCUUCUGAUGGACCACAUCAUGAUCACUUUGAUCAUGAUGAACAUGGACAACCUGAAAUUCAUGUAAUUUCUGAUAUCAUUCUUUGGUUCCUACAAAAUUAUGGGUAUUCUUCUAAGAAUCCUGAUGCUAGAUUAACACGUAUACAUUUUCAUUCCCUAACGUAUCAUAUUGUAGCUGUAGUGGAAUCCCACUGGUCUAAUGUGGAGCAGGCAACAGCUGCUGGCACCCAGGUGGCAGGGCACCAAGCAUGUGAUAUACCUCAGCUAAAAGCAGAACUUAUGGAGCUUCAGAUUCCUCUGAGAUUUAAGCUUUUCUCUGGUGAUGAAGAAAGGGUAUUUGAUGGGAACAACCCUGUCUUGUCCUGGCGGAAAGAUGGCUAUUUGUUUGUGUUCAGUCCUGUUUUAGUGUGCAAAAAUCCAACAAAAACUGUAGGUUUAGGGGAUGCCAUUUCAGCAACAGGACUCAUGUUUUCUGAGUUUCACCCGCGGUCCAAUGUUUAA